GCCAAAGAGCGGCGUCGGAUGUAAACAAUGACAUACGGGUCGUCGGCGUAAAAUAGCUAUGUCGUCCGUCCAAAUUUACAUAAAUAAUAUGGAAUUUUGCUCAUAAUUCUGUAAUCAUAAACUGCGCAGAUGCAUGGGCGAGCAAUUAGAAAGAUUGUAACGAAGAAAUAUUAAUUUUCAAAUGACAACAAGGGAUAGCUAUGUUGAUAUGUGGCACAUAAUGGAGGCCUUACAAACGCGAUAUCUCCUGACACAGGAAAUGAUAGAUCAGAUAUUACGGAAUAAUGAUUCAUGCUAUGAAAGAUUGGACUUACCGCCACCGAAAAAAGUUCUGUCAGAAAGAGUGAAGGAAUAUUUGGACAAGGGAGCUGAUCCCAAUGGAAUGCCUGGGGCUUCUAUGCUACGACCAAUUCAUGCAGCAGCUAAAAUAGGAAAUGCUGAAGUACUUACUCUUCUUGUGGAUGCUGGUGCAGAAGUGAACACUGUAGAUGCACACAAUAGUCGAUCUCCACUUCACUAUGCUGCAGAAAUUUGUGCAGAUUGUGUGAAAAUUCUUCUGAAACAUGGCGCAUAUCCAGAUGUUAGAGACGGUGAUGAUCACACACCUCUUCAUUGGGCUGCUUAUAAAAAUAGAUUUGAAUGUGCUAAGUACCUGCUAGAAAGCAAAGCAACUGUCAAUGCUUUGAGUAUCAAUACUGAUCAACCAUUGCAUUUCGCGGCAAUGAGAGGAAGUUAUGAAUGUAUAGAACUACUACUGGAUUAUGGUGCAGAUGUUACAGUAAAAAAUUGUGCAGGAAAAACACCUCUGAUCAAAUCUGCCAUUACAAGAUAUGGGGGUGUUUUGGAUGACUAUGAGGAUGAUCCCAGCUUCAAUGUAUUAAUGAGAGCGUCAGGUCGGAUUGUUGUGAGAACACCUCCUCCUUACCCAAAUACUAGCCGCUACCUUGAACACGAAGAUAUUAUUGGUUUUAUCUUAUCUAUCACUACACAUGUAGCACCACUGGCAUCGUUAUGCAGAGCAGUAAUAAGACAACAGUUAGUUAACAAAUAUUUACCUGAUGCAGUACGAUCACUACAUCUGCCAAAACAGAUUGAAAGAUAUUUAUUGCUUCAAACCAAAACAUGAAAAUUGCGUGAUUGAUUUUUGUUUUAGUAAUUUUGUAUUAUUAUCAUAGAUUUUUUCCGUAUCCAUGUUUUAUCCUGUCCUAUAUAUAAUUGCCUUGAAUAUUUAUCUUUCUCCAUCUUUUUGUUUUCUUUAGCCAGAAUAAUUUUAUUGCAAUGCACUUGUGUAGAUAGUUCUUAUAUUUGGAUUUUAGUUGUUUCAUCCACUUAGAGGUCUUUUAGUCUGUAUGAUGUUGUUUUAAGUUAUUUGCUGAAGUGGUUCUUACUGAACUUCUUACUUUUCCAAUAUUUUUGGUGGCAUUUUUCUUCUAUCAGUGACUGAUCAGUGUUUGAUUAAUAAAUUGUCUCCAAAUAAUGAAUAAUCAAUCCUGUCUUUCUCACGGAAUUUUUCAAAUGCCUAUUUAGGUUCAUUUCCAGAGCGAGAAUAAUUACUGUAAUUGAAGUUAUUAAAUUCUAUGGCAUGGUUAUUGUUCGGAUGUCCUGUUGUUUGUUGCAGAUCAUAGUAUAAAAUCCAAAUAAAGAAAAUUUAUAUGCAUGUUUCAUA